AUGGCUCCGCACUUAACCGACUUUAUUUCGGUUCACUUCGAUUUCGGGUUCUUAAAGUCCGGUUCGGCUGAAACUAAAAUUAAUUUCGGUUAUUUCUAUCUUAUUUGGUUGAUUCAGUUUCGUUAUUUCGGUCCAACUUGGUUAAGUCAGUUCAUCGUCAUCGUCGGAUUCUCGAUUCCUUUGAUCGUUAUUCUUUCUGGAUCGAGCUCAGAGAAAAGUGAGGAGGAAGAGAUAACUUUGAAGAGGAAAUCUCCAAGUGAGAAAAGAAGGUUGAAGAGACUAAUCAAUGGCGGAAGAUCUAGUUCUCGACACGGCGAUCAGAGACUGGGUUCUGAUCCCUCUCUCCGUCGUGAUGGUUCUCAUUGGUAUUCUUCGCUACUUCGUCUCCAAGCUCAUGCGUUCUUCUCCAACUCCCGAUGCGAAGAUGGUCAAAGAAGGGUGAGUCUUCUUUUUGCUCACUUAUCUGUAGAUUGCUUGUCAGGAUUAGCUGAUUUUGGAUUCUCAUGUGUUUGGUUUGCCAGACAAGUUGUAAUUAGGGCUCGGCAUCUAAAGGCCGGUGCCAAUUUUAUCCCGCCGAAAUCUUUCCGAGCUCGGAGAUUCUACUUCAGCAACGAGGAAAAUGGAUUGCUACAUGUUCCCAAGGACCAAGCUCAAAACCCUCAAGCGCAGAUGUUUUCUGAUCCUAACAUGGCCAUGGAUAUGAUGAAGAAAAAUCUGUCGAUGAUUAUACCGCAGACGCUCACUUUUGCUUGGGUCAACUUCUUCUUCUCUGGAUUUGUUGCAGCCAAGAUACCAUUUCCGCUGACUCAGAGGUUCAGGUCAAUGCUACAGAACGGGAUCGACUUGAGCACUGUCGAUGUUAGCUAUGUGAGCAGCCGUUCAUGGUACUUCUUGAACUUGUUCGGAUUAAGAGGCUUAUUUAGUCUCAUUCUUGGAGAUGAAAAUGCGAUUGAUGAUACACAACGAAUGAUGCAAAUGGGUGGAUUUGGUUUUGAUGCAUCAAAGAGCCUGAGCGCUGAGAAGGAUGGUCUCGACAUUAUCCAACAUGAAUGGGCGCUACCGCGAUUCGAGCACCGAGCAGAAUCCGUUUUGAGAAAACUCGUGAAGUAAGAGACGAGAGAUUUUAAUUUAUGUAUGAUUUGGUUUAAAUCUCUAGUGUUUACAAAUAUCAGAUGGUUCAAUCUACUUCAGUUCAGCUCUGGUUAUGAUAUGGUGCUUAUGAUCUGAUGCUGCAUAUGAAACCAAUAAAGCUUUUGAGAGAUUGUUUGUCCAAUAAGUUUUGCUUCCACUUUGCAAGUUAGAUUCAACAUACGGAAUUAUCUCAACCAC